GCCAUGGAUUUAAACCAACUAAUUGCACUGUAUCAUGGGAUGGACACAGCUCACUUGACCAUUGAUGAGCUGGACCAUGAACUGAGGACACGUAGCAUGAAUGAUGCGGCUUCGCGUAGUCGAAAGGAGCAAGCAUUACGCGUUCGUCUGAAAGAAGAAAAAAGUAUGUUAAAUGUUGAGUUUCGGUUUGUCAGUGUAUCAGUUGAUGAAGAGUUAGCGGUUUGUGAUGAUAAGUUGAGCUGGAUUGAACGACAUCUGGAGACUAGUAGAUCACAACGAGCUCCCGCUCAGGUUUACAAAACGAGACUGGUUCAUUUCCUAUUCCGGUUGAUGCGUAUCAAAGGGAGAGUCUCCGAUGAGAGGAAAUUGACCAACAUAGCGACACUCGCGAGAGUAUGUAUGGAGUUACUCAAUACAUAUUACUCGCUCACUUCUCACCUUCCAGUAGUUAGAGCAGCUGAGUUGGCUUUGGUCAAUGAAAGCUUAACAAAAUUGCUGAGAGAUGAAGUGGUGAUUGAAGAAGGACAGAUAGAGAAAGAGAAUGAGAAAGGUACUGGUGAUGGUAACAAGGUGCAACAUAAUGCUAUUCUCGAUUUCAUUGGAAUUAGAGAGUAG